AUGGCCGCCGCCGCUGUCAACACCAACCCUCCUGCACAGUCCGAGACCUCAGAGAAGCACAAGCCGAACCAUGCUUCUAGCCCUUCGAUCGCUUCCAAGGCAGAGGUCAACGGUUCCGAUAACCAUGAGCAUCAACACUUCAAAGAACUUCAGAAGAGUCUGCGCAAUGCUAUGAAGAAGCUGAAUGCGACCGCUAAGGUUGACGCCAUCAUCGCCGAAAACCCUGGGAAGUCAUUGGACGAGCUCGUCGCGGAGAAGAAGAUCAACGUCGAUCAGAAGGCUCAGGCCCUGAAGAAGCCUUCCCUCCAGGCCGCUGUUGCUCAGAUCGAGGAACAGAUUGCCCAGUUCAAGAGCUUCGCUGCCUAUUACGAGGAACGGUUGGUCAGCCAGAAGGCUGAGCUGGAGCAGGCCCACAAGGAGCAGCUUGAAGCUGUUCAGAAGCAGGCCACCGAAGCUGCUAGCGGUGUGAGAGAGACGGAGCUCAGACAGAAGCUGCUUAACUUGAGCAAGUUCCUCUGUGCGGCUGCGCGGGUUAGAAACUCUGGAGACGAGACCUCGAAUGAGAGCCGUGCCUUUGAGGGUGUCCUUUACCAGAUCUACGGCGGUACUCAGGAUGCUGUCUCUUCCAUGCUUAAGAUCAUCGAGGGCGUGGACGAGAAGGUGGUUGGCGUUGACAGCACUCUCCUCGAUGUCACCUACGGAAGAGUAAAGCAGGCCGCUGCUGAGCUUGCUGGACCAACUGACGAGACCACCACCGCCACCACCGAGGCCGCUCCUCAGUCGGACCCUACUCUUGCCAACGCCGGUUACACCGAGCUCCAGGAUUCUUCUUACAACACCGACGCUACUGCUACCGUUGCUAACGAGUCCGCUACUGCCGCCGAGCCUGAGGCGGAGCAGGUCCAGCCGCCUGCUCAGACUCUCGUUGGCGAGGGUGGUAACGCAGUCGCGGAGGCCAACUGGGAUGCCAAUGCUUCUGGUGUCUCCUCGGCCAACACCGAAGGCUGGGUAGAAGUCCCCCGGGACCCCGCCGAGACCGAUACUGGCCUGGAGGCCACACCUGCAGCGGCGCAAGCUGAGGUGAAGACCAGCCCGGCUGCCGAGCAGGGCACCGAGAAUGUUACUGUGCCGAAGGACGGCUUCGAGCAGGUACACCACCACCAGAGACAGCCUAGUGUUCGCGGACGUGGUCGUGGCGGACAUGGCCGUGGACGUGGUGAUGGUUUCCGGGGACGCGGACGCGGCGAGUUCCGUGGCCACGGUCGUGGUCGGGGCCGUGGUGGUCGGGGCCGUGGCGGAGCCAACGCCAAUGGCAAUGGCGCUCCCAGUGCCGCUCCUGCUGGAAACCAGUAA